ACCUUUGCAGAAGGGAUCAUUCUGAUUCGAUUAUCUUAGUGUUACGUCACCCACCAAUGCGUGGCAUUGUGUUUGCCCAUUCGUUCGAAAAAAUGAGGACCGACGCACGAGUACCACCACUACGGUACGGUAGACUACCGCCAUGGCAGAGCACACCAAGCUACCAGCUUCAAUAUCUAUCUAUCUUUGUUUGUUGUGCAUUGCUUCCAUGGUGCUAGUAGCCAGUCAGUAGCUAUUCUAGCUGUUCUAGCUAGCUAGCUAGCCAGCAGGCCAACCAACCAAGAGAAAGAAUUCCAUUUGGCUUGCAUCGUCGUUUUGUCUUGUUCAAUCUGAAUCUGAAUCUGAAUCUGAAUCAGCAUUGGUCUUCUUCAGUGUUAUCUUCAGUGUUAUCUAACCUUAUCAUCAUGAUGUUGUCGGUGUGGUUUGACAGCCCUUAUCUGUACAACGACUCGUCGGAAGACUCUCACUCGUUUUCGGAGGUCACAACAACAACAGAGGCAACAACAAUGACAAGUUUCUUUCAAGUGAUUGAAGGUCUAGUGGAUACUUCUGCAAAGCCUGUGGAUAUCAGUGCCAGUAUGCCAAUCAUCGGGAUGAUGGAGCCACCCGCGGUGCUGGAUGUCAUGGCCGUCGCCUUUUUGUUGGUCUACUUGUGGGUUCAGUGUGUCUUGUAUGUAUUCUUCAAAUCCACAAAACCAAAAAAGUCCAGACGAACCAGCAUGCCCCUGCUGGUGGAAUCCCCCGAGAAUACCCCCGUGAAAAAGCUGCAUGGAGAUAGCAGCAGUACGUGCAGUAGUAGUACGCCUAGCAGUAUCAAUAACCUACCCAAGCUACAGCAGUUUCCAUCCGAAGACGAUCUGUUGACCAAGUCCAAACUCCUCCUCCUCCUGCAAGAAGCCAAUCAGACCAUUGACUCGCUCGAACACAAACUCAAAGCAUCUCAGUCUGAAUCACAGAGAGAACCCAAUCGAUCUCGGUCUCCCGAAACCACUCGUUCCGUCACCCCCGACAGCAGCAACAACAACACAAUCACCAAGGAACAAGAGACGAUGGAACAAGAAGAAUGGAAUGCCGAACGAAACGCGCUCCAAGAGACCAUUCGAGCUCAGCACGAGAAGCUUCAGAAGCAGCAAGGUCAACUUCAGAAACAGCAUGAUCAACUCCAACAACAACAAGAACACUCCAAACUCAAGGCUCUUGCUCAAGCCAAUCAAGACCAAACAAGGAAGGAACAAGAAUGGAAUUUAGAACGCAACGUGCUCCAAGAGAGCAUUCGAGCUCUGCAAGAUCAACUACAGAAACAGCAAGAUCAACUACAGAAACAGCAAGAUCAACUACAGAAACAACAAGAACAAUCCAAGCGCAAGGCUCUAUCUCAGCCCGUCAAACAACAACAGCAACAAACAACACUACUCCAAACACGAUGCCGCGACCUGGAACAACAAGUCGCAUCCUUCCAAUCCCAAAAUACACUGCUCAAGCAACAGUUGGAAUCGUUGCAACGAUUCCGGGCUGCCGACGCCGAAACCCUAGAAUUGCUUCAUACGUCCAUCAACGUCAAGACGGAACUCAUUCAAGAGCUGCAGCAGCAAGAUUCUUCCAACAAGGACGUCGAAGGACGCGAGAGUCAGAUCCAAUUAUUGGAAAAGAUUCAACCAUUGGAACACGACUUGUCGCCGCACGUAGUGAAGCAAGAACAACCCGAGGAGAGCCAGGAACCAACUACGGAACGAGCGGAAAUCUUGGCACUUGUCUUGAAGCAGCAACAAGAGCUCGAAGAGGCACAACGUCGCAACCAGGGCCAUCGAGAACGGAUUCAGGAACUCGAAGAGUGCCUCCAAGAAGCCAACCACCACCACAAGCACAUGACACCCUAACAUGCCUUACAAUGUCAUGGAAUAUAUUAUUAUACAUGUACAUGGAGAGUCGGCAGCGUAGGUGGCAAUAACGUAACUGUAUGUAAGUAAGUAAGUAAGUAAGCUUUAGUUGAUCGU